ACCAGCAGUGCUGCAGUGAGAGUUGGUCAUCGUUCUUUUUUCGGUCAAACAUGUUGCAAGGUAUUCUGAUCCUACUGAUAUGGCUCACAAUGGCACCGGGCCCACCAGUGGUUGCAGAUGAGGCUGUUGGCACCCGUCUUGUCAACAUCACCAACGGCAACUAUGAACCGGACGGAGUUCUGCUCUCUGCGGUCCAGCGAUUUAGUUUGGUUGGGCGCAGCUGCAAGGACCUUCAGCAGAAAUAUGGUGUUCGUGAAGAUGGCCUGUACUACCUCACUUCGUCUGCAGGCGUGCUGUACCAGAGCUACUGCGACAUGACCACGGCAGGCGGGGGCUGGACGCUGGUGGCCGGUGUGCACGAGAACAACAUGUACGGGAAGUGCACCACCGGGGACCGCUGGUCCAGCCAGCAGGGCAGCGACCCCAACCGCCCAGAGGGAGACGGAGCGUGGGCCAACAGCGCCACCUUCGGGACGCCAGAGGGGGCUACAAGUGACGACUACAAGAAUCCUGGCUAUUAUGACAUCAUGGCGGAGGAUGUGUCUGUUUGGCAUGUUCCCAACAACAGGCUACUGAACCAAUGGAGACUUGCUUCCAUCCUACGAUACCACACGCAGACAAGCUUUCUUACACACUAUGGAGGAAACCUCUAUCAACUCUACCAGCGCUACCCAGUGAGGUAUAAUGGUGGAUUCUGCCCUGGAGAUAAUGGGCCAUCUAUCCCUGUGGUGUACGAUUAUGGAAAUGCUGACACCACGAGAAACCUUUACGGGCCAGUUUCAAGAACCUUAUUCAUUCCUGGCUACAUCACCUUCCGAGUGUUCAACUUUGAGAGGGCAGCAAUGGCCUUGUGCUCUGGAGUCAAGCCUACGGCCUGCCACACUGAACACUUCUGCAUUGGUGGUGGAGGCCAUUUCCCUGAAGGAGCGCCUCGUCAGUGUGGCGACUUCACCAGCUUUGACUGGAACGGUUAUGGGACUAAUGUUGGCGCGAGCGCCUCUCGGCAGAUCACCGAGGCUGCAGUGCUGCUCUUCUACCGCUGAACUGACCACACAUGGCCUUGGCCAAACACAAUGGAUGGAAACAAGCAAUACAUGGGAAUAAAUGGG